AUGGAAGUCUGGAAAGAGGCCUGUUCUGGCUUCCAGAAGGUCUCCGGAAACCCGGGGGUGGCCGUUUUUGACCUCCCAAAGGCCCAAGGAAAGCCUCCUGACCCCGGGGAAGGUACUCUGACCAACGGUCUCGACCAUUCGAUUUCAGUGCCUGAGAAAUCCUUUGUGGAAAUAAACCAUUGUAUCGACGUGCCCUGCAGGUUCACCGUUCCAGAACGGUACUCGGAAAGCUCAGAACCCCUUUACAUCUAUUGGUUUAAGAAUGUAUACAAACGUUACUAUUUGAGAUGGAUCAACAUCUGGGUAUUAGGAGUUCUGAUGAUCAGCAACGACUCAAGGCAGAGACCGGAUCCUACCAAUUUUAAGCUGAUCGGGGAUAUCAACAAUGGCGACUGCUCCUUCAGCAUUGACGAUGCCCAGCUUGAAAACACGGGAUGGUACUACAUGAGAAUUGAUAAAGGAGAAGCAUAUAGGCAUACAUUUGUACAUUCUCAUAAUCUCCAAAUUGUGGUGACAGAUAUGAAGAAGCCGGUGAUUUGGAAACCAUCUUCCAUCAUCUGGGGGGAAACCAUCAACCUUAGCUGUGUGGCAUCAAAUUGCUGCUUGAAACCCAAGCCUCAAAUCAUCUGGUCCUCCAAAUCCAGCAAUUGGAAUAUCUCUGAAUGGGGCAAACAGAUCAGCGAUUGGACCUGGACCUAUGGAGCCAACCUCAGCUUCGUACCCAUUUUGGCUAACGAAGGCGCAGCCAUGAACGUCUCUUAUUGCCUCAGCAAUGUAACCGCGGUGGAAGAAGUCAUGCGCCAUAUAGCGAUCAUCACCAAUGUGAUCAUCUUGGUUUUGGGCAUUUCAGGCAACGGGCUGGUCAUGUGGAUCAUAGUUACACGAAAGAAACACAAAACAUUCACCUCCAUCUGCUAUUUCAACCUGGCUGUGGCCGACUUCCUAUUCUCCAUGGGCCGCAUCCCUGCCCUUGUGCAAGAGAUCAUGUACCAGCAAUGGCCCUUCGGCCUCGCGCUUUGCAAGGUCCACAGCUUUGUCCGCUAUCUCACCACCUUCACUAGCGUCUUCGUCCUCACUGUUAUCAGCCUUUAUCGAUGUCUGAUGGUAGUAAAACCUGUGUGGGCCCGAAACCACCAAAGUCCCCGUUUUCAAACCCUGAUGUGUAUUGGAGCAUGGACCCUUGCUCUGUUCUUCAGCCUCCCUUACCUGGUAGUCCGCACGAUCGAGGUCAGAAACGGUGCCUCCUGUUGCAUCUAUCACAAGGCUCUCAAAACCUCGACCGAACUGCCCCUGAGAAUGAGCAGGUUCUUCGGCGGGUUCCUCCUGCCCUUCAUCAUCAUCUCUGCAGCUUACUCCAUUCUGCUUUGCAAGCUUCGUGAACGGCGCUGGAAGGGUUGCCACCGCACCAUCAGCCUGGUGGCUGCCAUUGUCGCCCUUUUCUUCAUUUGCUGGCUGCCCCACCACGUCUUCGUGCUGCUGAACACCGUUUGGACCAAAAAUGCCCUUUGGGGAAUUGCGCUCAAGGUUUCCAAUGCGUUGGCCUACUUGCACAGCUGCAUCAACCCAGUGCUCUAUGGCUUUGUGGGCUACCUCCGGAGCAGGGGCCUUCGCCGCCGAGCUUCCUUCUUGGGACUUUUCCGCAGGGCCCUCAUUGAAGAGGAUACGUCAUUUGCGACAGAAGCAUCAGAGAAUCUUAAUCAGAAAACUUAA